GUUGAAAAACGGAGCAGCUCUGGCGAGUUUCCUUUUGCUCUGCCUUUCUCCUUUCCCUCUUUCUUCUCGCUCGGGAAGUUGAGGAAUUCGCCUCGAUUUCGGGUCGGGGUUUCUCGGGUUCCUCGGGUUUCGAGAUUUCGGAGGUGGGUUCUCGUCCGAAUCUGGUGGGUGGGGGCUUGGUCGGUGGGCGAGAGGUUGGUGCGCGGUUGGGGGCCAGCCGUGACCCGCGCGCGAGAGAGAUGGAGAGAGACUUCUUGGGUCUGAGCUCGAGAGAAACGUUGAGCGUCGUGAAGGAAGAGGCUGGCAGGGAGGCCUGCGGAGACUCAUCCGGAUUGAACAAUGGUUCAUCAGGAAUGCGAUGGCCAUUCUUGAACAAGGUCUCUGCAGUUCCUCAUCUGAUGUCCGUUAAGGCUGCUCAGGAUGAAAAGACCAAAAAGGUCAGCGAACCGAUUGUCUCUUCUGGAUCAACGCACAUCCCAGUUGCAGAUGUGUAUGAUUCGAGUCGAAGACGUACUGUUGUCGAAGUACAGAGUUCCUUCAAUCGUCACAGACAAGGUGGCUCACAGUUUCCGCUGACAUCUUAUCCUCAACAAACUCAUCCCCGGGAUGCGAGGGCACUUCCCCUCUCAAAUCAGGGAAUUCCCACCUUAAUAGGUGAGCCUUUCUUCAAGACUCACUUCACUGCCACUGGACAGGCUGUACCAGGUGGUAUGAUCACGCAAAAGCUACCAGGAGGUGUUCUUGUUUCUGCCCCAAAUUCAGACCACCUUACCACUGCUUCAACAAUGGGAACCGCUGAACCAUGGAAAACUAUCAAGCCUACUGUGCCUCCUUCUCAAUUGACCAUUUUCUACGCGGGUACUGUAAAUGUUUAUGAUGAUAUCUCACCUGAAAAGGCCCAAGCAAUCAUGCUCCUUGCCAAGAAUGGGGCUUCAAUGGCUUCUAAGACGUCACAGGCAAAAUGCUUUGUUCAAGUGCCUACCACAGCCAACAUGGCUGGGGAUCACGUAGAUCUGAACCAGCCUACUACGCAACCCUUCUCUAGCCUCUCGAGUCCAUUAUCAGUAUCAUCACAUCCAGCUCCUCAAUCACGGGGUGGACCAACUGGCAGGGAUGAAUCAAAGGAAGGAAAUGCUAAAGGAGUUGGCACUCCAAGCAAAUUGGACGCCCCAAAGAUGGUCAGUGUCAUGGGAUCUAUUGCCGCAACGACCAUGGUCCCAUCGGCCAUCCCACAGGCUAGGAAAGCAUCCUUAGCUCGGUUUUUGGAGAAGCGCAAAGAAAGGGUGAUGAGCGUGGCACCUUACAACCUCAGCAAGAACUCUCCAGAGCAUGCCACCUCGCACUCAACCGUUAUUGAUCGCUCUCCAGCUCUUGCGAUGGACAACGGGAGUCCUCUCUGAUAUAUAAGUAUAUAUAAGCCUUUAGGAUUUUGGUUUACCUGUAUGAAUUGGAUGAUUUGGACAUAGUCUGUUCUGUGAUGUUCUGUUUUUUUCUUCUUCUUGUUUCUUAUUCUAUUAACUGGACUUCGUGUUGCAAGUUAAUCAUGUUUCCUUAUGUAACCAACGAAUAGUUGAUUCAAUUUUGGAAUGAAAAACCUGGAUGCUUGCUUCGACUAA